AUGGCGGAGCAGCAGGAUUGGCUUGGAAAAUUUGACAAUGCCACAUCUUUCCUUUACACUGCACACAAUGCCAACGGCAGUACGCCUACCAGAAGGCUGGGCUACGAGAACAGUGAUGGACCUCUGCCCGUAGAGAGGACAGCGAGGCACUUGUUGACCAUGUGUGAUUUGUCCCGGGAAGAGGUCAUGAAUAUCCUGAGAGUUGCAACAGCAAUGAAGGAGUCCAGAAGGACCUUCAUGGACACUGGCUUUGAUCGAUUUUCUGAGAUCUUGAAGGGCUGCUCGUUACUGACCCUUUUCGAGAAGCCAUCAUUGCGAACGCGAGUGUCCUUAGAGGUCGGCAUGAAUCAAAUGGGAGGCCAGGCGAUCUUCUAUUCUAUAGCCGAUUCUCCUUUGGGUGCGAAGGAAAGCAUUCAGGACACAGGAAGAGUGCUUUCCCGCAUGUGUCAGGGCAUCACAGCACGAGUCACCAGCCGCAAGGGCCUGCGGAGCCUAGCGCAGGUGUCCUCAAUACCGGUCAUCAACGCACUUGAUGACUAUGCGCACCCGAUGCAGAUGUGCGCAGAUUUGCUCACCAUUUUUGAGCACAAGGGUUCCAUCAAUGGCCUCACCAUGGCAUAUAUGGGUGACCUGGAAAACAAUGUCACGUAUGACCUGAUGCGCACUGCCGCAUUGAUGGGCUACAACCUGAACCUGGCAGGCUCUGGCGCGAUUGAAAAAUCCGUGUGGACAGAGGUCAACGCACUGACGGAAAAAUCAGGGUCGAAAGUUACAGUUUUUCCGACUGCCAAAGAGGCGAUCUCUGGAGUCGAUAUAGUCUAUUGUGACAGUUGGAUGAGCUAUGGCAUUCCAAAAGAUGAGGAAGAGGCAAGAAAAAAGCUCUUUAUGCCUUUCCAGGUAACCACUGAGCUGAUGAAGUUGGCCAAACCUGACGCAAUCUUCAUGAAUUGCUUGCCUGCAGCCCGUGGGAUGGAGCAGACAGCGGAAGUUAUCGAUGGACCCCAGUCUGUCGUUUUUGACCAGGCCGAGAAUCGGCUACAUGCUCAGAAGGCCUUGCUCGUUUUCCUGAUUGCCCCCAAGCGAUUCAUGGAAACCCUGGUCGUGCCGCUGCACCCUGGCAGGCCGUGA